UGAAUGCUUAGAUUCAGAUCAAAGGGUUUAAAGGUAUGUCUAAAAGCUCAUACACCUCAUUCACUGCAGCAGAAGACUAGAGUGCUGUUUCAUUCACAAUGAAAAAGUCUUUUUUUCUAAGGGGAAAGGUUGAACAGACAGGAGUUCAGCUGGACCAUGGAAAGUUCUCUUGUUCCAUCUGUUUGGACUUACUGGAUGAUCCAGUGACUACUGCCUGUAGACACAGCUACUGCAUGAACUGUAUUAAAGACCACUGGAAGGGAGAGGACCAGAAGGGAUCUUACAGCUGUCCUCAAUGUAGAGAGACCUUUAUGCAGAGACCUGUCUUGAGGAAAAACACCCUAUUAGCAGAAUUAGUGGAGGACCUGAAGAAGAUUGGACUUCCAGUUGCUCCCGCUGAUCAAUGCUCUGCUGGACCCGAUGAUGUGGCCUGUGAUGUCUGCACUGGAAGGAAGAAGAAAGCUGUGAAGUCCUGUCUGGUUUGUUUGGUGUCCUACUGUACGAAUCACCUUCAACCUCAUCAUGAUGUCAAUCAGCUUAAGAAACACAAGCUUGUGGAGCCCUCCAAGAAGCUGCAGGAAAACAUCUGCUCUCGUCAUGAUGAGGUGAUGAAAAUCUUUUGUCGUACUGAUCAGCGAUGUAUCUGUUACCUCUGCUUGAUGGGUAAACAUAAAGACCACGAUACUGUCCCAGCUGAAGCAGAAAGAACUGAGAAGCAAAAGGAACUUGAGUUGACUAUGCAACAAAACCAGCAAAAAAUCCAAGACAGAGAGAAAAUUUUGAAGUUGCUUCAACAAGAGGUGGAAUCCAUCAAUGCCUCUGCUGAUAAGUCAGUGCAGGAGAGUGAAAAGAUCUUCACUGAGCUGACCGUUCUGAUCCAGAAGAGAAGUGUUGAUCUGAAAGAGCAGAUCAGAUCCCAGCAGAAAACAGAAGUGAGUCGAGUCAAAGAGCUUCAGGAGAAGCUGGAGAAGGAAAUCGCUGAGCUGAAGAAGAAGGAUGCUGAGCUGAAGCAGAUCGCAAAAAUGGAGGAUCACAACCAGUUUCUGCAGAGCUACAUCUCCCUGUCAGCGCGCAAUGAGUCCACACACCCACCCAGCAUCAACGUUCGUCCUCUGAACUACUUUGAGGAUGUGACAGCCGCUGUGUUGGAGCUCAGAGAUAAACUACAGGACAUCCUGAGUGACACAUGGACAAACAUCUCACUGACACUCAAUGAGGUGGAUGUUUUGCUCUCAGAACCACAACCAGCACCGAAGACCAGAGCUGACUUCUUAAAAUAUUCAAAACCAGUUAAUUUUGAUCUGAACACUCCAAACAGAUAUCUGUUUUUAUCUGAGCGAAAUAGAAAAGCAACUUUAUCAACAGUAAAGCAGUUUUAUCUUGAUCAUCCAGAGAGAUUUACUGAUAGGCUUCAGGUGCUGAGCAGAGAAAGUCUGACUGGACGAUGUUACUGGGAAGUGGAGUGGAGAGGGAAAAGAGUAGAUCUGGCAGUUGCAUACAAAAGUAUCAGCAGAGCAGGAAAUGAAAGCGACUUUCGCUACAAUGACAAAUCCUGGUCUUUAUACUGUAACACAGAAGGGUGUUUAUUUUGGCACAAUAGAUGUAAGACAUUCGUGUCAAGUUCAGUUUCCUCCAGAGUAGGAGUCUACCUGGAUCACCGAGCAGGUAUUCUGGCUUUCUACAGCAUCUCUAGUACCAUGACUCUCCUUUACAGAGUCCAGACCAGAUUCACUCAGCCGCUACACGCUGGAGUUGGUUUUUAUGAGGAUGGAGCAGUUAGGUUGAUUGUACUGAAAUAGACAAAAAUGAAAUCAGGUAAAACCCUGUAGAAGACUUGUGUUACAAAUAUGCAAGUUUAUGUUGUACCAUUUCAAUGAUUACUUUUGCUUGGACGGACUGCACUGGUGUUGUGACAAAGAAAUUAUUGGCAUGUCUUCAUUUAUAUAUAUAUAUAUAUAUAUAUAUAUAUAUAGCUUUGGCCUUUUUCCUUUAUAUCUCCCUGUACUUUUAACCUCAACAUGUAUCUUACUGCCGACCCCCUAGUAAAAUAUGUUCUUUCCAAGGUAACACUUAGUUUGGGAAGGAAAAGUAUUCAAGUAGUUCUUCUCAUACAUGGUAUUAGCUACAGAAUGAGCUAGAUUAGGUUGUCUGAGCAGUUUAAACAAACGCUAAACAUUUUAAAUAGUCAAGAUCUGAAUGUAUAUAAUUGAUUUUACUACCUUGCUGAAUAUAUUUUUUAUUUUAUUUUCCUAAUUUUCACUUAUAAUCAUUUCAUAAUCAAUGUUGUGAUCUCAAAAGUUUCACAAUAUGAGUAUUUUUAUGUAUAGUGCCUUUAAUUUCUGUUUUUUGUUUUCUAGAUCACCCUUGUGAAUAAAAGUUUGCCUGAACUGGUCAUUCCUAAAUAAAUUAGUUAAUCAUAAAAGGUCUGUUAUUGCAUGCUCAAACAAGAACUGGAGGACAGCACUUUGCUGCUACCUACUGGCCAGAGUUUAUCCUAACAACAUGUAGAAAAAGGUGAAAUCCAAUGUUUAUUUGUGUUCUUUCGGCUGUCUCCUUAUUCAGUGGUGGCCACAGUAAGUCAUUAUGAUUAGCAAGUCAGCUUCGUUUAAGUUUUAAUGCUCAAUGCUUUCCUGACGCAGCAGGGAUUCGAAUGAAUAACAAGUUAUAAUAUAUUUUUUAAAAAGUUAACUCAUUUUGAUAAGUGAGACACAUUAAAUAGAUUGUUUAUAUCCUCAUCUAUUUUUUAAGCCAUAAGUAUGUCAGUUAUGAUAAUUUGUCAUUUAUAGCCAAUAAGAGCACAUUUCAGAUUAUAACAUUACCAUAUAGAACCAAAAACAAUACGUAAUGCUUAAUAAUGUCAUGUUUUAAAUACUGAAAAUAAUUGGACCAUGAUCUCCGACUUCUGAAAUGAUUGUUUAAGGCCCUGAAAGUAGAACCCUGGAAAAGUGUCCUGUAAGGUCUGUGAAUUCUAGAAAGCAUUCAAUAAGUUCCAGAAGCGACUUUUUUAAGCUUUAUUACAGACACAGGAAUCUAGUCUAUAGUAGUAACUCUGGAAGUCCUUCAGUUCAGGAAUAUAACCUUUAAGGUCUCUAACAGAAACAUAUGGAAUGGGUUACUUUAAUAUAAUUAUUAUUCUCUCAUACUGUAAAAAGAAAGUACAAACCACCCAAUUUAUUUCUAUCAGGAAUGUAUUAUGUGUUUUCUUUGUUCCAUUUUGCCAAUAAACGAGAAAUGAAAU